AUGCGAUUAUUGGAAUGGGAUAAUGCGAGAGUGAAAAUCGAUGGUCGGCAGUUACACCAUCUUCGCUUUGUUGAUGACAUCGUCCUUAUAACACCAAACAUUAGCCAAGCGGAAUGUUUGCUUGACGACUUUGAUAAAACCUGUGGAAAGAUUGGUCUUCUACUAAAUCUCACAAAAACAAUGUUCAUGAAGAACGGAUUGGUUUCGCAUGCCCCAUUCAGGCUCAACGGAACGAAUAUCUCCUAA